AUGUCUUCACGGUUUCCACGUUCUUCGCUUCAUCAGCGCGACCCUCGCGCCUCUUCUCUCUUCGAUUCCUACGGCGGUGGUUCUCGACCGGCCAGCCGCUCACCGGCCAGCGUGGGCGGAUAUAGUUAUGGGGGCUACUCUGCCUCGAAUGCCGAUGGGUACAUGAACGGGGGCUCCACAGGUGGUUUCCGAAAGGCAACCCCUAAUGCGAAGGGCCAAUAUUCCGACGCAGUCCUCGACCAUCUUGAAUCGCAGAAUGACGCACAGGUUGAAGGUAUCAGUGCGAAAGUCAAGAUGUUGAAGGAUCUCACGCUCGCCAUUGGCGAUGAAAUUCGAGAUACAUCUACCAUCUCAGAGCUCAACGAUGCAUUCGACAACACUCGCGUGCGACUUCGUGGUAACAUGACUCGCAUGCUCCGCAUGGCCGAGCGUACGGGCGUUGGCUGGCGUGCAUGGCUGGGUUUCUUCCUGGCUGUUUUCCUGAUCUUCGCAUACGUGUGGCUGACUUAG